AUGUCUUUCGUACAAAUGACAUCUAACGCCGCCGCAAUGUCACCGGGUUCUUCUUUGCUUUACCUCCAUAAUGAAGCCUAUUUGUUCCACAAAUCGGUGUGGAGCGGCUGGAUUGACGGUUAUUUGGGCAAAGAAAAUUGUUACACUGAUUCGGAUGUAUCUAACAAAAGUCGUGAAGAUUUGAUCAUGUACAUUGACCAUUUCAUGCAGGAAUGUUAUUUACACCCCUAUCAGGUAACGUUGCUAGCUCAAAUCCUGUCUCCAGCGGCUGUGGAAAGAAUGUGCCGGCAAAUCUUCUCCGUUAAAAGUUUGAGAACAGAAUUCGUGGAGGCUUUCUAUACUGUAUUUAUACCGAAUUAUAUAAAAAGAUUUUACUCGUGGUCGAUCAUAGACUUGUUGAAGAGAGCAAACGUGGCGUAUCCUGGACCUUUCAAGAAGCUAGUACAGAAUCUGAUGCAAAACACUGAAGUGCACGAGGACAUCUUAAAGGAUUACGUCAUCAAUAUAAGCGCUAAGGACAAGAACAACGUAAUGACUUCUGUAGCCGGCCUAAGAUUGACAGCUCAUCAGUUCAUGCGCCAAUUGAAGACAAUCAACAUAUUAUUUAAGGGAAGUGAUAAAUCUACCGUUAUAUGCGAAUUUGUCGUUGAACACCUUCAGGAAUAUUCGUGUUUCUGUUAUAAGAAUAAAGAUUUCGGGCGCUUAUUACUGACGUACCUGCAAAACUUCUCUUGUUACCCUAUCGACCACGAGACCGUCAGAAAGAUGAUCGAUGGUCACUGUACAGAAUUCAAAAGUCCGUGCCAGACAAUAUUUUGGGAUAUCUACCAUGAACUUCAGCGGCUUCAAUAUCAGUUAAUGGGAGGACCCAGAUUUUAUGUAGAUAGGCCUGAAAAAGAAGUUUCUACGUUUAAUUUAUAA